AUGGCUGACUUAACCAAAAGGUUUCAAAAGAUGGUUAGAAGAAAUGGAGGAAUACGGAAAAGGGGCAACUUCAGCAAACCAAAGAACUAUGAUCUCUGCCACAAGUGUGGAAAGCCAGGGCACUUCAUCAAUGAUUGUCCUCUCCUGAAGCAAGAACAUUCCAAGUAUAACCCUGAGAAAGUAGCCAAGAGAAACCCGGUUCCUGACAAGCACUUCAAAAGGAAGAGAUCUGCUGGCAAUGUGGUGAAGCAAGCUCUUGCAACAUGGGGAGACUCCUAUAGUAAGUCUGAAGAUGAAACUGAUGCAGGUGACAGCUCCAUGAUGGAAGUUUAA